UUCCCCUUCUUCCCCACUCCUCUUCCUUCUCCCUCCCCUCCCCUGGCGCCCUUCCUGGUUCGCGCACCAGAGCCGUGGGGUGGGAGAGCCCUAGGGAGGAGCCCGGGGAGAGGGACCACGUGCAUCUCUGGUGCAGCUCUUGGAGGAGACAGCUGGGAUGUUUCUGCUACUGAGGGACAGAGAGUAGGAUUCUUAAGGAUUGGGCUUCAGCCCCAGGGUUGGGAGAGAUAAAAUGGGAUCUUUAGACUCGGGGUUACCUAGCCUACUGCCCCUGGACGCUCUUCUUUUUUUGACAGCUGUCAUUUAGUUUGGGGACCGUUUGCAGUGAGUGUUGAAAGUUUCACGUGUUUGCAAUGCUUUGGCAGCUGUAUGGAAAUUAUAUCCACACCAUGAAGAAGAAAGGAAGAGGAAGAACAAGCAGACAGAGAAGAAGAAAAUCAUUGAGAACCUCAGAGUUGAGUAAAGUGAGUGAGAGCCACAAGUCAGAAUUUAUAGAACUUAGGAAGUGGCUGAAAGAAAGGAAAUUCGAAGAUCAUAACCUAAGGCCAACAAGAUUUUCAGGUACAGGAAGAGGACUGAUGGCUGUAAAAUCCUUGCAGCCGGGAGAGCUGAUUAUUUCAUUGCCUGAGAAGUGCCUGCUCACUACAGACACUGUAAUUAAAAGCUACUUGGGAGAUUACAUUACUAAGUGGACACCUCCUAUAUCUCCCUUGUUGGCCCUGUGUGCCUUUUUGAUUUCAGAAAAACAUGCAGGAAACAAGUCUCCCUGGAAACCCUACCUGGACGUUUUACCAGAGACCUAUACUUGUCUUGUCUGCUUAGACCCACAGGUGGUGAGGCUUUUACCUAACCCUUUAAAAACGGAAGCCCAAGAGCAGAGGACUCACGUUCAGGAGUUGUUCGAUUCUUCCAGAGGGUUCUUUUCUUCUCUCCAAUCUUUAUUUACUGAGCCUGUGGAACACGUUUUUCAUUAUAAUGCUUUUCUUUGGGCUUGGUGUACCAUUAACACCAGAACAGUGUACAUGAAACACGCACGGAAGGAAUGUCUUUCGGCAGAGCCAGAUGUAUAUGCUUUAGCUCCGUAUUUAGAUCUGUUGAAUCACAGCCCAGGAGUUCAGGUAAAAGCAGCGUUUAAUGAGGAAACUCAUUGUUAUGAAAUUAGGACUGCUUCACAUUGCAAAAAAUAUGAAGAACUGUUCAUCUGUUAUGGCCCUCAUGAUAACCACCGACUGCUUUUGGAAUAUGGAUUUGUUGCCAUCAAUAAUCCACAUAGUGCUGUUUAUAUAUCAAUAGAUAACCUUAUUGAUCACCUUCCUUCAGUGGACACACAGAUGAAUAAGAAGAUUUCCCUUUUAAAGGAGCAUGGCUUUUCAGAGAAUUUAACUUUUGGAUGGGAUGGGCCAUCUUGGAGACUGCUUACAGCCCUUAAGUUGUUAUGUCUUGGAGCAGAUGAAUUUACAUGCUGGAAGAAAGUGCUUCUUGGUGAAGUAAUUUCAAACACAAAUGAAUGGAAGAGUUUUGUCUGGUCCAGAAAAAUAUGCUCUUAUUAUAUAGAAGAUGCCAAAACUGCACUUCAGAAGAUUUCCCAUAUGAAGGAUGAGGAAGCAGCCCUGAAAGACCAGUUAACUUUGGUUGAGAAUCUGUGGGUAGAAGAACUAAAGCUUCUUCAAGGGUCUGCAGAUAUUCUAAGGCAUGUGCACCAAGAAACCACGUGACCUGCCCAGAGUUAUUUCUUCUUUCUCUGUGAUGGCAGAAUUAAGAGCCAUGGGUGGAAGCACUGAAGCUAAGAUGGAGCAGAAUUAGAAUUGCCUAAUUUGAAAAUUGAAACAUCUUGAUUGAAAAAUCAAUUUUUUUCAGUUUUUGCAAAAAUAAAGCCAAUGCAGCCAUGAUUAGAAGGAAAUCAGAGAACUGAGAAACAAUUAUUACAGCCAGUGACUCUAAUAAAGACCUUAUUUGUACAAUAUAUGGAGAACAGAGUCAAAUUUAUAAGAAUACAAGUGAUUCCCCAAUUGAUAAAUGGUCAAAGAAUAUGAGCA